AUGAAUUUCUUGUUUAUCAUUUUAGGUAUAUGUUAUCAAUCAUCAAAUACAACAUUUACUUGUAGUUGUAAUGAAGGAUGGCAAGGUGUACAUUGUGAAAUAAAAAUUAAUUAUUGUAAAAAUAUAACAUGUUAUAAUCAAGGUGUUUGUCAAUCAUUAUCAUCGAGUUAUACAUGUCUUUGUAUUGGUGAAUACUUUUCUGGUCGAUAUUGUGAAAUGAAAUCAGGAAAGAUCAUUACUCUUGAAAGAGUUUCGAAAUCUUUUGGAUAUAUAGCAAUUAUUUUUUUGAUAAGUACUGCAUUAUUUAUUAUUACAAUGGAUAUAUUAAAAUAUUAUUUUGGUAUUGAUCCAAUAUGUAAAAGACUUCAAUCAAGAAAACAUAUCAAAAAAACGAAAGUUAUUCCUGUCGUACAAAAAUUUUAUUAUAAAUCAUCAUUAAAAAAACGACUUGAAAACUCGAUUAUCUUAAUAGACGAGACAAAUAUUUAA